AGUCAAUCCUCGAAAGCCGCAGCUGCUCGCUGCUGUGCGAGCUGAUUCCCGGCUUUGCGGACGUGGCCCCUGCCAAGGUGCGGCGUUCUCGCCGUGCCGUCAAAUUGGGCGGCAGUGUCGGCUGCAUGCACCGCUCUUCGCGGCAGUCGCGCCCGCAGCUCGCCGUGCUUGCGCCGACAAGGCCCGCACAGCAGGUGGAGGUCGUGCCUCUGCUUCUCCUCUCACCGCUGCAAGCAGGCCCCUCGCGAGCCAUCCACAAAGCCGGGCUCAAGUGUGCGCCAAGCCGCCAGUAGAGCAGUCAUGGCGAAUCUCCGUGCACGCAAGGGCGCAAGCGCAGCCAAGGGCAAGCAGCCCGCCGCUACAGAGGCGCAGGAACCGCCGGAUGCCGCGCUCAGCACGCCGCUCUGGCUGCUCAAGCACACGCAGGGCAUCGUCACGGCCGCCACGACGGUCGGCGUGCUGUGUCUGCGGGACACACAUGCGCUGUACUACGUCGCGGGUGCGCUGGGCACUGGAUGGACAGCCAAGCUGCUCAAGAAGGUCAUCAAGGAGCCGCGGCCCGAGGGCUCAAGCAUCACAAAGACGCACGGCAUGCCGUCGACACACAGCUCGUGCGUGUGUGCUGCGCCUGUGACUGCAAGCCGCGGCUGACCCCGUCUCAGCACCAUGACGUUCAUGUGCCUGUACCUGUGCAUGGCGAUGCCCAGCAACCUUGCGCCUCUCGUGCCCCUCGUUGCUGCCACGCCGCCCGUCGUCAUGUGGUCGCGCGUGCGCUUGGGCCUGCACACGCCGGC